AUGACUUUACUGCCCCCGACCCUCGCUCAGUCCACCCUGGGGGAGAAGUGCGCAGUAUAUAUAGACCACCUCAGCGACAUUUUCCCCGUUCACCUACAUUCCCUCCGCCAUCAACUGGACCCUAUUCUCACAUACCUGUCCAACACGCCCCUCGGUCCUCUCGCGAAAAAGCUGCCAUUUGCUCCCGACAACCAACUUCUCGCCCUCUUUGCAGCUGUUGUUGUCUGCCUGUUCACCGUCGUGAUGAGUUGGCGCAACCCCUUAAAAAUGCUACGCCGCUCGCCGAGCUACGCCCCCGCAUCAAACCCACAGGUUAGCGAUGGGGACUUCAGCUACAUCACACCUGCAGAUGUCGCGGGCCCAUCAAUAGAUGAUGCUGAGCCUGAUAUUAUUGCCCUCCGCCACCGUGGAACCAUCUACCCAUUGCACUUCCGCGCAUACGCGAUCGACGACGGUGUCCUGACCAUCGGAGACCUACGAGAGGCUGCUGCUAAGAGCACAGGAGCCGGCCACCCAGACUACGUGAGACUGCUGUACAAGGGCAAGCUACUCAAGAACAACGCGCAGACAUGCAAAGCUGAGGGGAUCAAGCAGCACUCUGAGGUGUUAUGCGUUGUAUCUGAAGUAGGCGCAGGCUCGAGCGAUGGCUCUGACGACAGCGGACAAAACAUUCCCGUGACUACAUCAGCGCCAGCACCACCGCCGCUCGCCCGCCCGACUAGUGCAGGAGAAGCAUCAUCCCCUCCCACACCCCCGAGUGGUAAUAGCAGGAGCUCGAGAAGAAAGAAACGCAAUGCCAAGAAGUCGCCUGUCGGCACAGCAUCACCGGGUCCGUCUCGGCCACCGCGGCCUACGUCGUCAGGCAAUUCAGGCGUCCCAGCCCCCCCGCCCAACAUCAAGUUGCUGCGUACGCCGCUGGAACAGGUCACUGCUUUGGCCGAAUGGUUCCAGUAUGAGAUGAAGCCGCUUUGUGAGGAAUACAUUGCGAACCCGCCUAGUGACCCGAAGAAGCGGGACUAUGAAAAUAAGAAACUGGGCGAGACGAUUCUCACACAAAUCAUGAUCAAGGCGGAUGGAAUCGAGCCAGAUGGCGAUGAGACGGCCCGCAAUGCACGCAAGGCCCUCAUCAAGGAUACGCAGGCGACUCUCAACAGGCUGGAUGCAGCUGCAAAGCUGUAA